UCAAAGCUUGACAGGUGUGGUGAGGGAUGAACAAAAAACAGAAACAGGCAAAACCAAGAGAAGAGAAGAGAGGGAGGAAAAGGAGAGGUGGAUCAGUGCAAUUAAAAAGAAAUUACAGGUGGAGUAAAGCAGUGUUCUGCCAUCCUGCGCUGACUGUGACCACCACCUGACAGAUACAUAUCCAGGACAGAUACAUGGACGUUGCAAGACAGAGAGAAAAUGACAGAAAGAGAGACAGAGAGAUGACUAACGCCCCGAAGAUUGAACUCUUCGUUAAAGCCAGUGUGGAUGCUGAGAGUGUGGGGAACUGCCCCUUCUGUCAGAGACUCUUCAUGAUUCUUUGGCUGAAAGGGGCCAACUUUACCCUCACCACUGUAGACAUGAGGAGGGCACCUGAAGUGCUGAAGACUUUGGCUCCAGGCUCUCAGCCUCCCUUCCUCAUCUACAACGAUGAGGUCAAAACGGACACUAACAAGAUUGAGGAGUUCCUGGAGGAGAACUUAGCCCCACCACAUUAUCCAAAAUUGUGCUGUCAGUACAAAGAGUCCAGCGGUGCUGGAGAAGACAUCUUCCGAAAAUUCUCAGCAUAUAUAAAGAAUCCCAAUCCCGGACUAAAUGACAUGCUAGAGAAAAAAUUUCUAGCAACUCUGGUGAAGCUGAGCAUGUACCUAGAGACGCCUCUCCCUUAUGAGCUGGACCGGAACCCCAACAUCAAUGAGUCCUCACGACUCUACCUGGAUGGUGACACCCUCUCCUUGGCAGACUGUAACUUGCUUCCCAAACUCAACAUUGUUAAGGUGGUGUGUAAGGAGUACCGUGACUUUGCCAUCCCUGCAGAGCUGAAAGGUCUGACACGUUACCUGGAAAACGCCUACAAACAAGAUGAGUUUCGGUACACCUGCCCAAAUGACUCGGAGAUCCUCAUUGCCUAUCAAUCUGUGGCCAAGUACCUGAACAAAUAGAUCAAUGAACAACAGAGUCUGGAUAAUGAAAACUGUUUGCAAAGACAUGUUCAAUGAUAAGUUUUCUAUAAAAUGUUUUGUUAUUACUUCAAAGCUGCUUAAGAUUUGUAUUUGUAUAUACUGUAUGUACUAUGACAUGCUCUAGUUGUACUGAUGUGGAUUCUUUUAUUCAGCCCCUGUAAGAGUGAGAUAGCACUGUAAAUCCCACAGAAUAUUUCAGUGUACAUGCAUGUAUUGUGUCUAAGCAUUUACUCAGAAUUGAUUGCAGAUAAUUCAUUACAUUUUUAUGUGAAUCAGGUGAAGCAGAAGCAUUUUUUUUUUGUCUUUUUAAGCUUUCAGAAAGUUAAAAACAAAUUGCUAUGGAUAAGCCAGACAGACUUUUUGCUUUAAGUUUUUUUUUUAAUUUCACCAUGACAGAAAAUACAAGGACAUAAUCUAUGUCCACAGUUCCAUUUUUUAAGUAAUUCAAAAAGAAUGAAGAAUAAGAGUAUAUGUAAUAAAAAAAAGAAAAAAAAAAGAAAAAAAGAAAAAAAAAAAAGACAAAAUAAGUGAAACAAAAUGACUGUUCAGUGUGAUUAUAAGGCUAGUUUUGAAUUGGGGAAUUAAAAAGUAAGAAAGUAGGAAAAUCUGAAUUUUGUUGUCAUGGUAACUAAUAUCUAAUUUUCUUACUUAUCUUUCAGGAAAGACAAGCAACACUGUACAUUUUUUAUUGAAUGCAAAUGUGCAUAUACUGUACGCCUGAACCUGUAUGUGCAUGUCUGUCUUUUUACCCCCUUUUCCUGAUCUUGUAGAAAUGUGUUGUAUGAAAUGUUUCCAUGCCUGUCCAUCCCCAGAAGUAGAAAUAACUUUUACAUUUAAUAAAAGCAUCAAAAAAGUA